AUGGUUGUCUGUGAGGACAGGGAAUGUAGCGUGUGCUACCUUCCCUACACGCGAGAAGACAGGAUCCCAAGGAUGCUCCACUGUAGACACAGCUUCUGCUCCCUUUGUCUGGAGACAAUGUCCAAGGUCAAAAAUGACCUGCUGAUGGUGAACUGCCCUUUGUGUCGCCGGGUGACCUGUGUAGGUCGAGGCCUCAGCCUGCAAGAAGCACUGUGGGUCAACAACAGGCUUUGGGACCAGAUACCGGAGAAUACAGAAGAAGUACAGGAGGAGGCGCUGGUGAAACUAGAAGUUGAGGAGGAGAGUUCUCAGGCAAAUGGACAUCUCUCACCCCAAACAGAAUGCCAUUCAUCCAGGAACUCUAGAACAAAGCUCAAAUUUCCAGCCUUUUUCAGGAAGUUUACCCUGUCAAGACAGCCCCAAGAAAGGAUUGUCCCUGGUUGCAAUGUGGAGAUGAAAUCUUGGCGCAGGCUUUCAACCGAAGAGACUUUUUAAGACGUAUAUCUAAAAGGAGAUAGAUCAAUAAUCACCACCUGGGGUGCGAUCCCUUUCCUGAAUAUAAAUUACCUUGUGUGAAUACGAUACAUGUGCCUGUUUCUUAAGGACUUCACUCAGCCAUGUGCAACACUUGGAAGAAGAAGAGAAAAAAAACCGUCGGUUAAAACUAGGUAUCGCUCCAUGUGUCCGUGACAUUUUGUUUUAUUGUUGAAAAGCCAUGAAACAACCAAAGUUGCCCCGUCUCCCCAUUCUUUAUUCUUGGUUUAAUUCCUCACAGCUGGUGCUAUGGGAUUUGGCUCAGCUGUGCCAAUGGAGCUAGCGUCUC